GCGAUGGGAAGACUAAGCAAGCAAAUCUCAGUCUACACUUUCUCAACUUCCUAACAAAAGAGCCCUCGCGAAUAUUGAAAUAUUAGCCGUACCAUUCCUCCGCAUACUCGUCGAGGAAGAUAAAGUAAUAUUAUCCACGAAACUGGACAAAGAAAGUUAACCACCGCCGAUCCAACUCCAAACCUCAACCCCUCCAAAAUGGAAAGAAACCUCAACAGCCUGCUCAAAUGGAGCAUCGAGAACACGGUUCCGUCUCAGGCCCCGGCCGCUAACGGCGCCAACGGCACCAACGGUACCAACGGCACAACAGCCGUAACAACCCACUCAAGCGACACCACCACCCCGACAACCCCCGCCGCCACCGCAGCCACCACCCCUAGCCAGACCAACGGAACCACUAGCGCAGCGGCCGCGAGCAGCAAGCUCAACCCGGAGAUCAUCUCAGCACUAUUCGGCGGGCCGUCCGAGGCGGAGCUGAUGCGGGCGGCGAUGGAGGUGCUGACGGACGAGACGGCGACGCCGGACAACCGGCUGAUCGCGUUCGACAACUUGGAGCAGCUGAUCGAGUCGCUGGACAACGCCAACAACCUGGAGCCGCUGGGCCUGUGGGCGCCGCUGCUGGGGCUGCUGGCGCACGGCGAGGCCGACAUGCGCCGCAUGGCCGCCUGGUGCGUCGGCACCGCCGUCCAGAACAACGCCCGCACCCAGGAGCGCCUGCUCGCCGAGGGCGGCGUGCCCAUCCUGGUGGCGCUGGCUACCCGUGAGGGUGAGGAUGUGGCUGUUCGCCGCAAGGCUAUCUUUGCCCUGAGCUCGGCCGUGCGGAAUUGCCAGCCGGCGAUGGAUGCUGCCGCGGCGGAGUUGAGCGCGCAUGGGAAGGGGGAUAAGGUGGAUGCCGGGGAUAUGGACGCGGUGGAUGGGGUGAUUGAGUGGUUGAGGGGGAAGGUGAACGGUGCGGUAGCGGCGUGAAAACGUUCCAUGAUAUUGAGAUCAGAGAUCAAUCAGCAUCGUCGCGAAGAGCGGGGGUAGAGUGGGUGGCAUUUUUCUGCAUGGUCGGCGUUCGGGAUAGCUUUUGGCAUUGAAGACAUGAUCUGGACGGGUCUCAUGACGGAUUAGAAAAGGGAUAUAGAGCAAUACGAAAGAAGGAACGGCCGUCUACAUUCGUUGGAACGAUGCGUU